AUGUUUUAGGACUUAGGAUAUUUAAAGAAGUGCGUAUUUAAUAUUUACUUGUUUUUAAUAGAAAUAAAUUGCCUUAGAGAGGUAAAUAUAAAUCUGAAAUAUAUUCAGUUUAAAUAUAUAUUAUUUAUUAAUUAAAUAAAUUAAUUAAAAAGGUAAUAAUAAAAAAAAGUUUAGAUGCAUAAAAAGAAAGAGCUUAAAAAAUACAAUCUGCUUUAAAAGUUUUUUUAUCCACUUUUGCUGAUAAGUUUAGCGGGUCGUGCAGAAAUAGUGAUAGACUUUAUUAAUCAUCAACCAUUAGUUUUUACUUACUCAUCAUUUACUAUCGACUCAACCUAUUUUUGUAGAAGCAAUAAACAUAUCACUGCAAAUUCUGAUACAAUAUAAUUUGAAACCAUACUUACGAAAAUUCCUUCUAUUACAUAUUUGCGUCACACCAUAGUGUUCAGAUCAGAUAAAAUGUUAUAACCAUUAAUUACAGCUAUCGGUGAUGGAGAAACUGCUGUAAGAAAUCUUUAUUAUUCUACUUAUAGUGAUUGCUAAGUACAAAGUGAUUAAGAUAAGUAUAAAUAUAUACAUACUAUGGAUAGUCCUAUACGUUUUAGUGGACCAUAAAAUAAGCUUACUAUUAAACUUUAUGCCGAUUAACUUACAGGAGCUUAAAUCUAUGAUUUUAAAAUAUUGCUUGAUCUUUAUUAUUGUCAAGAAGGGUGUUAUUAAUGUAGUGAUUUACUAAAUUGUUCCAAAGACUCUUGCGUGCCUGGAUUCACAUUUAUGAGUUCUAGUUAUUACAAGGCUAAUUAAUAAAUUUGCAAUAGAAAUUGCCCAUAAGGAUAUUAUACUCGUUUUCGUUCUGAAGAUCCUAUAGUAUAAGAUUGCGCUGUUUGUAGUAUUAUCAAUUGCUUAUAGUGUGGCAAUAAAAAUACUUGCAUCUAAUGUAUUGAUGGAUAUUAAUUUGAUCCUCAAUAAAUCAUGUGUGUUCGAGCAUGUACUGAAGGAUGCUCUAAUUGUAGCUAAAAUAUAUAAAGCUGUACUUAAUGUAUUAGUGGAUACACUCAGAAGACGAAACCAAAUGAUAGCACCCUACAGUACUGCUAAAAAAAUUGCUCAAUUGGAUAGUACAAUUUCGUGACUAAUGAUACUACCAUGUCGUAAGAGUGCAGAUCUUGUAUUGCUAAUUGCUAAAGCUGUACUAAAUCUGAUGACUGUACUAACUGCUAGACUGGAUAUGGAUAUAAUUCUCAAUAAUAAUAAUGCGCACAAUGCUAUCAAGGAUGUUCUAAUUGUGAUUAAAAUUUAAGUUGUAUUCAAUGCAUUAGUGGAUAUACUUAAACUACAAACCCAAAUAAUAAUUCAUAACAAUAUUGCAAAAUGAAUUGCCCAGCAGGAUAAUUCACCUUUAUUAAUUGGUAAACCAUGGCCUAGCAGUGCAAACCCUGUAUAGCAAAUUGCACAUCAUGUUUUUAAGAUAAAUAAUGUGACACUUGUACAGUAAAUUAUGAAUUUAUUCAAUAAGUAUAUUAAUGUAAAGCUAUAUGCUAAAAUAAUUAAUAUAGAGAUUCAACUCUAUAUAAUUGCACUAAUUGUGUUAACAAUUGUCUUUAAUGUGUAGAUGGAUAAAGUUGCAGUUAGUGCUAAAGUAAUUAUGAGUAUGUUAGUGAAGUAAAUUUGUGCCUAGUUAUUUGCAAUUAGAAUUAAUAUAGAAACCCACAAAAUAACUAUUUAUGUGCUGAUUGCAUUGAUAAUUGCGUAUCCUGUACUAAUGGAUAAAGCUGUACUACUUGUACAUAGGAUCAUGAGUAUGUCUCAUAAGUAAAUAAAUGCUUGCAAGUUUGUUCAUAAAAUUAAUUUAGAGAUUCCACUUAAAAUUAUCUAUGUAAAAAUUGUCAUUCAUCAUGCUAAUCAUGCACUGGACCAGCUUAAAGCUAAUGUAGUAGCUGUUAUUAAGGAUGGUAUUAACUUGGAUAAUAUUGCUAUCAGUGGUGUCCGAAUAAUUACAAAGAAGAUUCAACUUUGUGGUAAUGUGUUUAAUGCUAAGAAUACAUAAAACCAGAUUGCUAAGCAUGUGCUAAUACAUGUAAAUCUUGUUAAUACAAGUAAAGUAGCAAAUGCUUAGACUGCUAUGAUUCUAUGGAAAUGUUAGGGAGUAAAUGUGUCUGCAAAAAUCGUAUUGAUAAUAGAGAUAUUUUCUAUCAAUGUAGUUAUAAUAAAAUUGCUGUUUUACAAGCUACUUUAGCUAUUGAUUCUCCUACUUUGAUUAUUGAAUUUGGUGUUGCUUUGACAUAAAUUUAAAACUUUUAAUGUAAUAAUAUAUUUCAAGAUAGUACUCUUCAACUUCUUGGCACUCUUCCAAAUUGCUCUAUACAAGAUACAUAAAUCAAAAUUUUACUAAGUAACGAUGCUUAAAUAAUGGAAAACGAUAAUCUCUCAUUCAUUCCAAAUGUUCUGAGUUAUUAAAUUAGUAACAAUUUCUAAAUAGACACGUUUUACUUGACCAAAGUUAAGCAGUAAAGGAGUGAUACUCAACAGCCUUAAGUUACUAUUUAAUUCAGUAAAACUCAAAAUACUUGCUAUGACAUCGUUUUUUCAGUAGCAGAUAUAAUAAACGAUGCUUAAAGAGGGUUCAAAAGCUUCACUUGGAGUAUAUAAUCUUCGCCUAGCUUAGAUUAAAACAGUCUUUAAGCAGUCGAUAGCAUAGUCUCGAAUGCUAACAGUUAAAAGAGUAUCUCUUUAGUCAUUCUAAAGCAACUUAUUCCUGCAAACACAAAAAUUACUGCUGUUUUCUAAUAUUUACUUAAAGUGAAUUCUUCAUAAAAUUAAUAAUUCUAAACACUCUUUAUCAGAUAAAAAGAUUUAAUUAUUAAAUUAGAAACAUAAAGCUAUCCAAUUUAUAGAUUCAUGGAUUUACGAGUUUAUAUAUCUUUCUAUGUGCAAAUAUGUGAUUAGAGUGGACCAAUAAUUACUAAUGAACCUCUUAACAUACAGAUAAACUCUAAUAGUGUACCUAAGCUGAAUUAAAACAUAACACAAUUUAAAUAUAAUUAGACAUUAGUUUUAGUCGAAAAAUAUUCAAUUCCUCAUUAAACCGUUUUUGAUUUAAAUGUAAAUGCCUCUCUAGUCAGUGAUAAAUAGAUUACUAAUUUAAAAACUUAAACUAUUACACCUAACAUAUCUGAUUUAUUUAUUUAGAUUGUUGGUGGUUAAAAAGGAAUAUUUGGCUUCAAACAGCCCUUAAAUUUAACUGGAUUAGCAAGAGAUUUUGAGCUAGAAGACCAAAACUAAGAUUAACAAAUUAAUUUAAAGUGGGAUUGUGUUUCCCUUACAUCUAAUCAAAAUGAUAAUAAGUGCUAUGACUACAAUAACCACCCUCUUAUUUUACAGCAAAAUGUUCCUACUAUUUCGAUACCAGGUUCUACCUUUAGCCCUUACUAAUCUCUUUUAUUUACUUUUACAGGAACCAAAGAUUCCCGUUAGAAAUUAUAAUCAACUAUAAUCAUCUUAUCAGAAACUGAUAUACCUAUUUUAAUUGUUAAAUUUUAAGAUUAAUCUUAGUUAAUAUAAGUCAACAUUAAUUAAGAUAUCGAUGCAACUCUCAUAUAUGGAAGUAAUGUUUCAUCUGACUUGUUAAGCUAUGCUGGUGCAAUACUUUAUAAUAAUUUAGUAGUAGGAGCUAUAAAAUUUGAUUACUAUAAAGUGAGGUUUAGAAUUUGGGAUUAUUUCGUAAAUAUUCUUCCUUCAAAUGCUAUUGUAUAAGUUAGAUUCAGUGCAUACAAUCCUUAUUACAUAAUGCCUAGUUUAAGUAUUACUAACUUUAAUAUAAAUUUACCACCUAAAAAUUGUGUACUAUCUGCAAACACUUCUAAUGGAUAAGCUCUAUAAACAAUUUUUUAAAUCAAAAUGUCUGGUUGCACUUCAGCUAAUACUCCUAUAUCUUAUUAAUUCUUUUACUACCUUAAUGAUACUGAUUAUUAAUAAGAAUAAAUAUCCCCAAAUUAUAUUCUAAGAAGGUAAAUAAUGGAUUAAAGCUUAUAAAACGAAUUUUAUACUAUCCUCCCUUCAGGUAAUUUAACAUUAAUGGUUUAGGCUAUAGAUAACUUUUUAGCUGUUUAUAAUACCACCAUAUCAGUAAACAUAUAACCAUUUGCUCAAAAUGAAAGUUAAAUCAAUAAUAUUAUCGAUUAAGCUUUAAAAAUAGAUAGUAGUUAAACAACUUCUUAAAAUAUCUUAAAUCUGUGUGUCAUAGGAGAAGAAAUAUCUAAGAACUAUCCAAUUUAUAACCUUGAUUCAAUGAAUACUAAAAAAUCUGAUCUCAUAUAAUUAAUAUUGAGCUAAGUUAAUUCUCUACCUAAUUCAUCUUUACUACCAACAUAUGCAAACAAAAUAAUUGCCAAACUGUAAUAAUCUAUAACUAAUUAAUAAGAAGAUUAGACCAUUCCUAUUUUAAAUUAACUAAAUACAAUUCUAUAAAAUUAAUAAUCUUUAAUUAGUUAGAAUAAUAUGUUUAUGAAUAACAACAAUGUUUUUCUUCAAAAUUUAGUAGACUCUUUUAAAGUGUUAAAUUCGACGACUUAAACUUUCUCUAAUAAUUUGAUAUCUCAACAAAUGAAUAUAUCAGACUAAAUAUGCAGUUACCUAAGCAAAGCAACUCUACCUAAUUAAGGAGGAGUAUAGCUGUAAGGUAAUUUAAUAUCACUUGAUUGCUAAUAAAUUACUUCAAAAAACCUUAAGUAAGUUAUGUUUGAUCAUUAGGAUUCCCAAGCAACAAAUAUCUAUUAUUUAGGUUAGACUACUUACUCUCGAAAUCCCUUCGAAUAAACAUCUGAAUUCUAGAAUUAUGUCAAAAAAUUAAAAUAAGUAAACUCAAGCAUAAUAAUUACUUAGAAUCUAGUCAUAAAAUAUUCUUUAGAUUUAGUAAAUGCAAGCUCAAAUAGACUAUUAUACCAAUAAGGUUCUAACUUUGAACAAAUGAGCCAUAUGCGUAGUUAUAGAAAAUUAGUAAACAUUAAGGAAAAUUAAAAGGAUAAUUAAUAAAAUGUUUAUAUGUUUAAAUUUUAAGACCUAUAACCCUCUCCUAACAAUUAAACAUGUCUCUAAAUGCAAUAAUCAUAGGCUUGGUCUUCUCAUGGAUGUAACUAUGUAAAAAAGAAUAGUAAAUACUUUUGCUACUGUAAUAGUACAAAUCCUACAACUGUGACUGAUGAUCUAGAAUCAUUACUUAUUAAUAAAAAUGUAAAAGAAGCUUUUAGUUCAGAUGGAUUAAAUAACAUUACUCAUUUUGAUAAAUUUUAUUAAUAUGCUCUUGUUUGGACUCUAUGUACUAUAUCAUUGUUAUAAUUUGGUUUAUAUAAAUAUGGUAGAAACCUAGACAAAAAAUUUAACAAAACUACUAUCUCAUAGAUUACGUCUAUGGAAUCGGAAUAAUAAAAUCCUCCUAUUAGUGAAAAGAAUUAGACACCAAGUUUGCAAAUAUAAAGUAUCUAAGAAUUUAAUGGUGUUAUUUAGUAAGCUAAAAUAUAAGAUUAGCAAGGUAUAAUAAAUUCUAAUAAUCAAACAAGAAGAAAAAGACAAAGGUUUAUAAAUACUUAAACAGUUUUUAAAAAUGAAAAAAUUGAAUCAAAGUGUAUGGACCUUUUAAAAUUAGAAAAUUAAAUAUCAACUAAGUAGCCAAGCUUGUUGAAAAAUCUUGAAAAUUAACCACUUUAACUUGAGGAAUAUGUCUAAUCAGAAUAGAUUUAAGAGUUUAAGUAGCCAAACAUUUAAUAUGAAAAACUAAAUUAAGGUUAAUUAAUAGCUUUUUAAGAAGUAUAAUAAGACAAUUCAAAUAAGAUGACUGUUAGUACAUUUUAAUAUUAGAGUAGCAAAAUUAAUUUAGUUAAUGAAGAUCUUAAAUUAAAGGAAAAUGAAAUUUAAACUAUAGAAAAACUUAAAAAAUUGUCUCUUUUAGUUUAAUUUAAAGUGUUUCACGCCUACUUUAAUACAAUUUAUACAUAUGAGCCAUCUCUUUCAAGAGCAAUUAGAUUCAAUAUUAUUUACUUGAGGGUAGUCCACUCUUUAUGUCUGUCAACAGUAUUUGAUGAAAGUUAUAAUGCUAUUUAAAAAAUAAUAAUUUCAAUAGUUAGCUCAAUAAUAGUUGAAGUUGGAGUUUUCUUAAUAACGAUAGCGCAUAAAAUAACAAGAAUAGGUCAAAAGUUAUCUACCCUUUUUAUGGUAUGUUUAUUAUUAUUUUAUAUUUAUGUCAUUUUAGCUGUAAUAAGUAACGAAGAACCAAGUUAUGCUAAUUCAAAAUAUGCUUAAUUCUUUUUAGUAAUAGGAGUUGACUUUAUCUUUGUUUAGUCAAUGUUGGCACUUUUUAAGAUAACUAUAUUAAAAAAUUCAUAAAAGAAUAUUAUAUUCUAUAAAUUGUAUGCUAUUUUCGGUUUAGGCAAAGUUGUUUCAAGCUUAACUAUCUGA